GCGCUGUAAACUCAAAAACCAGGAUUUGCUCUAAGCGCUGAGGUCGGCCGCUGGUUGUUUGUCAAGAGACGGAAAACUUGUUACACCUCACCUGGAUACCGAGUGGACAUGAAAGGCCAAAGAGAACUUUAAUCGACAAUAUUCUGUGAAGCAAACCAUGAGUUUACGGAUACGAUAGAUCUCAGGUAACCAGCAGACGCUCAGCAAUCUCGUGACGUGUUACAACAGAGCGCAAACUGAAGUCGACAAACAUGAAGAAGAAUGGAGCAAUGCAGAAGAGCAAGCAGUGGAAUGUGAGGAGAGCGGUCUGGCUGGCGGGAGUCUUUAACUUCCUUCAUUCCUGUGGCUCCGGAUGCCUCCUUCCCUUCCUGACCCUCUACUUCCGGCACCUGGGUCUCAACGCCGCCAUGAUCGGAAUCAUCAUGGCGUCCAAGCACCUGCUCGCCCUGGUGUGGCGCCCGUUGUCUAGCGUCCUCACCAGGCAGUACGACAAACGGCGGACGGUCAUAGUGGGCUCUCUGCUCAGCUCGGCAUUGGUGGUUUUGACUCUUCUGCUCUUUCCGUCCACCGGAAUCCAAGCUGAAAGUGGACGGUGUAACGCUAGUCAACCCGAUGCUGAUCCUACCCCCAUUCUAGAGUGGACGACGGUUCCAUCGCAAUCAAAUGCUACGGUUUACUCAAUAAACCAGACAUCUGUAAUUACCGAACACCCUGUUGAAGUUACCACACUUGUAAGCUCCAACUGGUCAGCAAGAGGCCUGAGGUCUUUGAAGAAGCCUCAACAGGAAGAAGACCCUCACACUGAGUUCCUGGGAAGCCUGAAAGUUAUGGAUGCCCAGCAUCAGAUGUUCUUUCUGGUUCUCAUUGUGAUGGGUUUGUGGGAGUUCAUGGCCGCCCCGUUGGAAUGGACGGCUGAUGAUGGACUCUACGAAUACUUGGAUUUCGUAGACGCCACCGACCACCAUAAUGGCGUGAAGGUAUGGAAGCAGCUUGGAGCUGCUUUUGGCAACUGUGCAGUUGGAGUUCUUGUUACCAGCCUGUUUUGUCUUACAGGAGCUACACUGGAGUUUUACUCCUACACUAUAUUCAUGAUCCUAACCAUCCCUACAGCCGCCCUGCUUCCAAUCUACCUCCGCAAGCGUGAGCGGCCCACUAGUACAGGCUUUAAGGCACUACAGUUGGUUUAUGGGAACUCGCAGGCGAUACUUUGUGUCGUCACUGUCAUUUUGAUGGGCAUGGUGAACUCCGCUGUGUCGGAUUUCCUCUUAUGGCACAUGCAGGACUGCGGUGCCACGGAAAUCCACAUGGGCAUCUCUUUAGCCUUGGCGCACUUAAGCCAAGCUAGCUUUGCUCCAAUUGCUGGCCAUCUCUCCCGGAUUCUAAAGUACCACGGUUGGUUACUAGUACUCGCCGUUGUUAGUUUAGCCCUGCAGUGUCUUUACUACUCCUUUCUGUGGGGCCCGUGGGCCGUAAUACCUGCUCAACUGCUGGCAGGCUUCAGCACCGGCGCCCUCUGGUGGUCCGUAACAUCGCAAAGUGAAGACAUCGCUACUCCCGGCACUGAAAAGACCAUUUUAAAGUUGUUUGAGGUACUUUCUCUGGAGUUGGGAGCAACAUUUGGCAGUCUUGCGGCUGGGUUUGUGGUGCAAAAGUUUGGGGUCAAAGUGCUUUUCCAAGGCACCGCGGUCAUUCUGGCUUUGUGGAGCAGCACUCUUGCCGUACUCAAGUGGAAGAUUCCUCGGCAGCGCCGGAUAAACUACUCACGCCUGCUGGCCACUGACACCGAGUUGAGCGAGUCGGAGUCAGAUCAGGAGAAAGACUGGCUUGAGACGGCUAUGGAAGACACUACGAGGAAUAACAAGUGGACAAAUAGAUAAGUCUUAAUCAAUGGAAGGAAAAAAGUGAUUUGUUAACAGUCGCCAAAUAAAAAACUAAGAGCGAAAUAUCACUAAUACUGUUUAGUAUCUGCAAAGAAUAUUUUUUUUUACUCCUACUCUGUAUUUUUGUCAUGUUUUCCAAUGUAAAUAUUUAAACAUUUUUAAAUUAAUAUGCAUUUACUUGAGAAGUAUAAUGACAUAAACAAGAACACAAGUCUUGUUUUCUAAGAAAAUGUAUGACAUAAAACAUGAUUCGAUAUCUUUAUAUUGUUAUAGUUCUCAAGAAAUUAAGUCUUGUUUUCUGAUAAAAUUAUCAAAAUGAAUUACGUUUAUGCAUAAAACAAGAAAAAAAAUAUCUGUCAGUGGGUUAAGAAGAAUAACUUCAUUCAAAUGGAAAACAAUAUUAAUAUUCUUACCUCACUGACACCACAUUAAUGACUUAAUAUCUUAACAUCUGAAGUCAUUUUCCUUCUCAAAUAAAUGUGUCUUGAUUUAGUUUUUAAAUAUCUGUGAUGGAAAGCAACAAAAAAAAUAUUUUUUUUGCAGUCCAUAAGGGCAUGUUCUCAUUCAUCUUUAUCAUAAUAACAUACAUCAUGGAUGACGUUAUAUCAAUUAAUUACUCUCUCCAGCCAGAUACAUUUUUAUAUGAGAUUAUUUAAAGCUUUGAGAGAAGACUUAUAGUUCUAGUACUAAUAGGAAUAUCCUAAAAUGUACAUCAUCUUUUGUGUGUGAAGAUGAGUUGUGUAACAGGUCAGCUCUUUCUUAGACUGAAGGGGUGGAGAUAAGCUUAUCUGGUUUUAUUUCCUCUUUGCCAAACAGCAAUAAUCAUGUGAGAAAAUAGUGCCUGUUGUUUCCUCUUCACACCCGUUUGUUAUGACUCAUUAUGUUUUGCAAAUAUUUGUGAUCUGAAGCUAAGCCUCAGUUACAUGUUAUGGAGAAACCUUUUUAUUUAUUGUGCAUGAGGCACUCACGUUCUCCACACUUAGGUAUCACUUGAACAAGGGUUUAUUGAAGGUAAUCAUAAUGAAAGUAUCUUACUUCUAGUUUAAGGGAUUGUGAACUAGAUGUUUGACUUAUAAAUGAAGUUUGCCAAACCUGUUUUGAUGGGGAAAAAAAUCUUCCCAAACUUGUUCUUGAGUAAAUUUUCUUGUACAGCUGGUCUAUAGAGUGUACUGGUCUAUAGAGAAUGAUUUUUUUAUUUUUAUUUUUUAAAAAGAAAGGAAGGAUGGGAAUAAAUAUUCUUAACAUUUCAUGUUUGAAAAAAAAAUAAUAAUUAACUGGUUAUUUCCUCUUUCAACAAAUGCAUAAAGUUAUUUUUAGUCAUUUUGUCUAAAUGUCUUGAUAAGCUUUGUCCCAUGUAAGGUGUACUUUGACCAAGUCUUAAUCUUUUUAUGCCAUUAUGUAAAUAAAUCAACGUGAAUUUGCCGUGGUGA